CGGGGUGUGGAAAGUGUGGCGGCCCCGCCCCGUCUCUUGGAACUGCCGCGGCCGCCACAGCUGCCGCCGCCGCAGCUGUGCGGGACCGGCGCGGGUGCGCAGGCAAAAGGCUCUCUUUACCUUCUGAAAGUACCCUCAGAGGAAUCUCCCCAGCCCACCAUGGCGGAUGAAAUUGAUUUCACUACUGGAGAUGCUGGGGCUUCCAGCACUUACCCUAUGCAGUGUUCCGCCCUGCGCAAAAACGGCUUCGUGGUGCUCAAAGGACGACCAUGCAAGAUAGUGGAGAUGUCAACUUCCAAAACUGGAAAGCACGGUCAUGCCAAGGUUCACCUUGUUGGAAUUGAUAUUUUCACGGGCAAAAAGUAUGAAGAUAUUUGCCCUUCUACUCACAACAUGGAUGUUCCAAAUAUUAAGAGAAGUGAUUAUCAACUGAUAUGCAUUCAGGAUGGUUACCUUUCCCUGCUAACAGAAACUGGUGAAGUCCGUGAGGAUCUUAAGCUGCCAGAGGGUGAACUAGGCAAAGAAAUAGAAGGAAAAUAUAAUGCAGGUGAAGAUGUACAGAUAUCUGUCAUGUGUGCAAUGAGUGAAGAAUAUGCUGUAGCCAUAAAGCCCUGCAAAUAAAUGGGAACAUCAGGCAUGACCAAACUGUUUAGGUCUGGAUCAACUACAGAUCUAAAGUUUGGUUCUAAGUUGUCACCAAAGCUAUGGCCUUCAUAAGCAACCUCAUUUCUUCUUCAGUUGUUUUGAAAUUGUGCUGAGUUAGUUUUGUAGGCAAUUAGUAAUUUAAAAAAAUAAUCGAGAUAUAUAACUUUUUUUUUUAAUUUUGUAGGUGUCUUUACUAUAACAUUCCUGUGGUUUUCAGUAUGUGAGUCCAAGAAACAGAUGAGAUAGCUUCAGCAGAUGUGAUUUGAGCAAAUCAUUCCUGAAUUUUAGUUAAAUGAUAAAUAAACCAGGGUUUUAAACAAUGUAGCAUCCAGUGGUAUUGAUGUAUCACAUUUAAGUUGAAUUGCUCUGCAUUGAUUUCAAACUUAAUAUCAUAGAAUAAGUAGAUUAUGGAUUGGAAUUGUCAGAAUUUCAGCCUGAGUGUGGCAAGUACAGAUCCUUAAACAAAAAUCAUGUUAUCAAAAGUGCCAGUUAUCUUAGUAACCGUGUGCAGCCCACCUGUGUUCCCUCAGUCAUUCUGUUUUUAGCCAAAUUUCUGGCAGACUUAAUAUAAUCUGUAUUAUGGGCAUUUUAAUACUUUGUUGUGGUUAACAGAGGCAUUAAACUGUUGUGUGACUGUUAGCAAGUCAUAUUGUAAAGAUGGCCCAAAGGACAGUGGCAGAGGGUGUUGGUAAAAGCUGUAGCUUUUUAUUUGAGGCCUUUGUAAUCAGCAUAAAAAUAGGACCUUUCUUUUUUGAAAUCAGAAUAUUUGUUAAACAAAAACUGGAAAUUCUUACUUUAAAUUAUCUGGAAUGCUUGUUAAAUUUAUGUAUUUUUUUCUAACAUGAAAGUGAAUCAUAGAAGAAAAGUUACUUUAUAUGAUUAUUAUUUAACUUAAGUAUAUGUAUUUAUCUGGUUGUCAUGUGACUUAAUUCACUUACUGGUAUGAAAUAUAGCUAGGAAAGAUUUCUAUAAACUGAAUUAAUUUUAAAAGUAUUUUAGGUGAUUCUGCUACAUUUCUGUUCAGUCUUUUGGAUCAUAUAUCUAUUUCCAGAAUUCUAGGCAUUAUCACAGGGUUUGUGAGGACUUUUGACUCAAUAACAGCCAUUAUAUUGCAGUGAAACUUGGAACAAAAUCACCAUUUCAGUAAUACUUUCAUUCUCUAAGACUGAUUAUAAGACCUCUCCCAUCAUACAUUGACUUCUAAAAGGCCUUUGUACCCUAUCACCUAGAGGAAAAUCUGCAUGAUGGUAUAAUCGGUCUACUCAGUGAUUGGAAAUAGCAUUAGGAACAGAAGAUCCCAGUUUUAGUUACUUAAUUUGCCCACAUUUUAAAUCUUGUAUUGGCCUGAGCAAAACCACUUGGAGAAGAAGCAAGAUGCUUUAAGGAAAUGCAAGAGGAAUUCUAAAGCACAAGAAAUAUUGAUGUUAUAGUUAAUCAUUUUUUAGUAUAACAUUUUAGCUUUUGCCCAUCUAAAGCACAAUUAGUAAUUAGGCUAAAUUUUUUCAUUUCCGGAAUUCCAUUUAGGUAUCUACUAGAUACUGCUUUAGUUUUUUUAAUACUCUGUGGUAUGUAUCUUACUUGUGACUGGUUGGCAUCGUUACCUGCAGGAAUUCCAGAAAGUUACCAAUCUGUGCUUCUUGCUGGCCAUUUAUAUGACCCCAGUUAACUACACUAGUAUUCUGGUUUAGUAUUAAUUCUGGAUUAGCAUGCCCUUGUUCUUCCUAAUUUAUCAAACUUCACAUAAAUAUAUUUUCAAUUGCAAGGUAAAAUAUUUCAAUUGCAAAGUAUAUAUAAAUUAUAAUAAUGCACCUAUACUCAUAUAUUGAAUGGCAAAAGCUACUUAUGCAUAAGUACUUCAAGUACUAUAAUUAAGUGUAAAUACUCUUCUGACAUACAGGUAUAGAUUUUAAAGAUACGGGACUGCUUAUUUUCAUGUAAGUCAAUACUUGUUUCUCUUGAACAAUAUAUUUCAUUUAGAAAAGCUUUAUAAAUUGUCUUAAAAUGAAGCAGGAAACAUUUUUUAAUAGAACAGAAAUGACUUCAUUCUUUUUGACAUCAGAAAGAUCAAAAGUUGAUUCCUAGUAUUUGUUGUACUCUUUUGUAGUAAAUGUUAAAUGUCACAGUUACCACCUGUAGAAUGUAGACUGUCAUGUUGAUAGAUUAUACAGUGAUAUACCUUUUUGUCUGCAGGCAUUUCACCAACUUAAAUACAGUAUUAUACUAACAAGUGGAAUAUUUGUUUCUUUCUAGAACGACACAUUUUAUUUCUACUGUGAAGACUUUGUUAUAUCUUAUUUGCUACCAAGUUGUACACCCUCUGAAACAGAUCAAAUUAUUGCUACUUUGACUUAGUAUUUGCAUCAUAAACAUAACUAGGAUGUUUCUUUCAUGCUCCCCUGCAAGGGCUGUCAAGUCACUUGAAAUUGUUGCUAACUGAGCGACUUCACUUUCACUUUUCGCUUUCCUGCAUUGGAGAAGGAAAUGGCAACCCACUCCAGUGUUCUUGCCUGGAGAAUCCCAGGGACGGGAGAGCCUGGUGGGCUGCCGUCUAUGGGGUCGCACAGAGUCGGACACGACUGAAGCGACUUAGCAGAAGCAGCAGCAAGCUCUUGAAUCCAUUUCCAUUUAUGGUACAAAAUUCUGUAUGGAUGCUUUAUAACUAUUACCAAAACUCUCCGGCAGCCGGAGCAUGAAAUCUUUAAUAGGAGAUGCUGCAAUAAAAUGUUUAGGCUAUAAAAUUUGGGGAUACAAUUUUUCAUUAUAGCACAACAUGUGUGCUUAUGCACACAUAGCUUUGUAUGUUUGUUCUUUUUACAAAGUCCUUCCAACUCUUAAAAGUACUGUAGUCUGGUAGUGCCUCAAAUGUUGGUAACUUUUUUUUUUUACAACUUUUUCAGAAUUUGUUUUUGUAUUUUAAAGUUUCUCAAUUAGAUUAUUUCUAGUUGUAAUUUGAAUGCAUUGUUCUCAGGGCUGUUUGUGCUAAGAGCUGAAGUUUCCUUAUUUUAAAGCUAACUGCCUGAAAGAAUAUUGCAAAAUUUUCCCACAUUGUAAUACAGUGAUACAUACAAAUACAAAUCUGUAAUAUCUACACACUUAAACUACAUGCUAAAUAUUCAAAAAAAAUGGGAACAUUGCUAACAUCUAUACUGGAAUCUUGCCAUAUUUUUUUCAUUUUAGAAAAGAAUUUGGUGGUCUUACCUUAGAACCUUAUCCUUAAUGAUACACCUGAAAGCAUUCCUUUGGCAUGGAUCCCAAAGAUAGCUUUAGAGCCAAACUUUAAUGUGAUUCUCAAAACAUGUCUAGGAACAAAAGAAUUAAAAUUCAUAAUACUUUUGGGGGUACAUUAAAGUGUUUACAGAUUGAAUUCUGUAUAUGAACUAGUAACAAAUUUAUUAUAAGAAAAUAUGACUCUUAAGCAGUAUAUGUACAAACUGUAAGCAUAUUUCCAUAAACAGCAUAAUAUUAAUUGAUCAACAGUUUUAAAUUUUCUGAUAUCAUCUAGGGAUAAUAUUUCUUAGAAAACUAUGAAAACGAGCCUUUUUUCAUCCCAGCAUUUGGACAAGUAAUAGGUAACAAAGGCUUAAGAAAAAUUUAUUGUGAAAAACCUUAAAAUUGAGAAAAUUCAAUCCAUUAACUUUAUUAAAUUUUCUUUCUCUGAAUUGGGCAUAUGGUAUUAUUUGAUUUUAGCAGGGAACAUUUGGAUUUAGCUUACAGAACACAGAUGUUCUAUGGGAACAUGACUUGAAGUUCUAUAUAAUUUAAUAUUUUUUCAUUAAAUGACCAUCUGAGCAUCAACAUAACUACCAAGUGAGGUCAAGUGCCUGAAAAGUAUUGUAUGUAUCUAUACACGUUUUCCUUACAUGAAAGAUGGAUCUUAUAGCAAUGCAUAUCAGGCUUUCACCUGCUAAAAAAGCAUUCUUGUUGCCCAGCCUUACCAUCCACCACUAUUCCUGACUUAUUAUAGGUUGCAACUUAUUUUACAAUUAAAUGAGAAGUUCCUUUAUUUAUAUAAAGUCCCUAAAACUAUGUCUUGAUAUUGGUAGACUUAAGUUUAUCAUAGUUCAAGAUUGCACUUUUUUAAAACUCUGGAUAUAAACUUUAUUCAGUGGUGACUACACAGCUUGUCAUAAGUCAUGAUUGUGAUCUUGAGAGGAAUCCUUUAUGUGGUUAAUCUCUAUUAUAAAUAAGCACUCGUGCUUGUUAUAAAGAAUAAUGCAAAUUCCUAGCUCUGUACUGUUUUUGUCCUUCAAAAAGGAAAUAGUUGAAAUGGCAUUGUCUAAUCCAGUGGCACUUUAUUAGUAAUACAUUUUAUUUGUCAUAAGGUAUAAGAGAACUCAUGCUCUUACCUGCAGAGACUCAUAUGUUUUAGCUAAAACUUUAAAAUUGUAAGAUAUGUAGUAUGGGUAUUAUUAUAAUUGUGUAUUUUACAUUUCAAAACUGAGUAAAAUUCAUAUAUUAAGCCUUUGACUAUGUUAAAAUAAUUGUGAAAUCCUUUAAAAUGUAGAUAGUAAACUUACCAAUUAUAACUUUUUGUUACAAUAUAUUUGUCUGUUAACUUCAUCAGUUAUAUUAAAUAAAAGUUAAGUUAAUAAAGUUAAUAGC